AUGCUAUCAGGGCUGACGGAGACCUUUCCGCAGCAGAAACAGGUCAUGGACAAGUUCAACACCUACGUGACGCUGAAGGUGCAGAAUGUCAAGAGCACGACGAUCACGGUGCGGGGGGACCAGCCCUGCUGGGAACAGGAUUUCAUGUUUGAGAUCAACAAGCUGGACCUCGGCCUCAUUGUCGAGGUGUGGAACAAAGGCCUCAUCUGGGACACCAUGGUGGGGACAUCAUGGAUUCCUCUGAAGGGUAUCCAACAAUCAGAGGAGGAGGGCUCGGGGGACUGGCUCUUUCUGGACGCAGAGGUCCUGAUGAAGGCAGAUGAGAUAUAUGGCACCAAGAACCAAACGCCUCAUCGAGUCCUGCUGGACUCUCGCUUCGAGCUGCCUUUUGACAUCCCGGAUGAUGAGGCUGAGUACUGGACAGGCAAGCUGGAUCGCAUCAAUACCAUGGGGAUCCAUGAUGAGUAUCCUCUUCACGAUGACGUUCAGAGUCGCCCUCUGCCAUUUGCCGCCUCCCAGUGCUCUCUGGAUGACCAGGACAGUGCCGUAGACGACCGGGACAGUGACUAUCGCAGUGAGACCAGUAACAGCCUGCCUCCGCGUUACCACACAACGGCUCAGCCCAACUCCUCCAUGCACCAGUAUCCCAUGGGGCCUCGGCAGCAGCAGCACCCGGACUCCUGCACAGACUCUGUCCACAGUUUGGACCUGGACUACAGGGACCAGAUAGCAACCAGUCCAGUGGAAAGUAGUCGCUUUGGGUCAUCAGGAAACCUGAGCCAGACCAGCUCCCAGCUUAGUGAGACUGGCCAGAGCACUGGAGGGUCAGAACUGGAGGAGUCCUUCCACUCCUACCACAGUACUAGCUUUCACCCCUCCACCAAUGGGCAGCCGCGCACCAAUGGACAACCUCCUACAAAUGGACACUAUACCGUCGGUGAGCAGGAGAUACGCGGACUGAUCUCUGAAGAAGGACAGGGCCUGAAAAACGACACUCCAACAGAAAGGGGGACCUCUAAACUCCUAAGGUUCCAUGAUGAUGGACCGCCAUUACCCUUUACCCCAUCCAGAAUUUGUUGGUUGAAGGCCAUCAAUAAAGUCAGGGUUCAGCUCCGGGAGGUCCGAGAUGAAGAACCCAAUGCAAGACAAGCCUGGGACAAACCAGGGGGCGGACCUGGUCUGUAUGGAAUUGACAGCAUGCCAGACUUGCGUAAAAAGAAACCUCUCGCCUUGGUCAGCGACGUGGCUAUGUCUCUCGUUCAAGCCAGGAAGGCGGGAAUCGCUUCGGCCAUGGCUGUACGGUCCUCGGUCAAGGACGGGGAGCUGAAAAACCAUGUGUACAAGAAGACCUUGCAGGCUCUCAUCUACCCCAUAUCCUGCACUACACCACAUAACUUUGAGGUGUGGACCGCCACUACCCCUACAUACUGCUAUGAGUGCGAGGGGCUUUUGUGGGGAAUUGCCCGCCAAGGCAUGCGUUGUUCUGAGUGUGGGGUCAAGUGCCAUGAAAAGUGCCAAGAGCUUCUGAAUGCUGACUGUCUACAGCGUGCUGCGGAGAAGAGUUGUAAGCACGGGGCUGAAGACCGUACUCAGAAUAUUAUCAUGGCCAUGAAGGACAGGAUGAAGAUCCGGGAAAGGAACAAACCAGAGAUCUUUGAGCUGAUCAGGGAAGUGUUCAUCAUAAGCAAAGCCAUCCAUGCGCAGCAGAUGAAGACCAUCAAGCAGAGCGUACUGGACGGCACCUCAAAGUGGUCAGCCAAGAUCACCAUCACAGUCUUUUGUGCCCAAGGUCUUCAGGCAAAGGACAAGACAGGAUCCAGCGAUCCAUAUGUUACCGUUCAGGUGGGAAAGACCAAGAAGAGAACCAAGACUAUCUAUGGAAACCUCAAUCCUGUCUGGGAAGAGAAGUACCACUUCGAAUGCCACAAUUCCUCAGAUCGAAUUAAAGUGCGCGUUUGGGACGAGGAUGAUGACAUCAAGUCGAGGGUGAAGCAGCGUCUAAAGAGGGAAUCUGAUGACUUCCUGGGCCAGAGUAUAAUUGAAGUUCGAACUCUGAGUGGAGAAAUGGACGUUUGGUACAACCUGGAGAAGAGAACGGACAAAUCCGCCGUGUCGGGUGCCAUUCGCCUUCAGAUCAACGUGGAGAUCAAGGGAGAGGAGAAAGUGGCUCCAUAUCAUGUGCAGUACACCUCCCUGCAUGAGAACCUGUUCCACCACUACACCGAUGUUCUCGGCCAAGGCGGGGUGAAAAUCCCAGAAGCUCGCGGUGACGACUCCUGGAAGGUCUACUAUGACGACGUAGCUCAGGAAAUCGUGGACGAGUUUGCCAUGCGCUAUGGGAUUGAGUCAAUCUACCAGGCCAUGACGCACUUUGCCUGUCUGUCGUCUAAGUACAUGUGUCCCGGGGUUCCCGCGGUGAUGAGCACCCUGCUGGCCAACAUCAACGCCUUCUACGCCCACACAACCGCCUCCACCAAUGUGUCCGCCUCCGACCGCUUUUCUGCUUCCAAUUUUGGGAAAGAACGCUUUGUGAAGCUUUUAGACCAGCUACACAACUCCCUGCGCAUUGACCUCUCAACCUACAGGAACCACUUUCCUGCCAGCAACAAGGAUCGCCUGCAGGAUUUGAAAUCCACGGUGGACCUUCUAACCAGCAUCACCUUCUUCAGGAUGAAGGUCCAGGAGUUACAGUCUCCACCCAGAGCCAGUCAGGUGGUGAAGGACUGUGUCAAGGCCUGCCUCAACUCCACAUAUGACUACAUCUUCAAUAACUGCCAUGAGCUGUACAGCAGACAGUACCAACCUGUAGACACAAACAAAGAUGAGCUCUCUUUGGAGGAGCAAGGUCCGAGCAUCAAGAACUUGGACUUCUGGCCCAAACUCAUCAUGCUCAUCGUCUCCAUCAUUGAAGAGGACAGGAACUCCUACACGCCUGUGCUCAACCAAUUCCCUCAAGAAAUGAACGUGGGGAAGGUGUCAGCCGAGGUCAUGUGGACAUUGUUCGCUCAAGACAUGAAGUAUGCCAUGGAAGAGCACGAGAAGCACAGGCUGUGUAAGAGCACCGACUACAUGAACCUGCACUUCAAGGUCAAGUGGCUCAACAACGAAUACGUCAAAGACCUGCCGAGCUUUAAGGACGUUGUCCCCGACUACCCAUCAUGGUUCCUACAAUUCGUGCUUCAGUGGUUGAAGGAAAAUGAGGGCGUGUCCAUGGAGUUCAUGAAUGGAGCGCUAGAGCGAGACAAAAAAGACGGAUUCCAGCAGACGUCGGAGCACGCUCUGUUCUCCUGCUCCGUGGUGGACAUCUUCACGCAGCUCAACCAGAGCUUUGAGAUCAUCAAGAAACUGGAGUGUCCCGACCCCGCUGUCAUGGCUCAGUACAGCCGCCGCUUCUCCAAGACUAUUGCCAACGUUCUUCUGCAGUACAGUGCCAUUCUGACCAAGAGUUUUCCUACUUAUAUUGACAAGGAGAAGAUUCCAUGUGUCCUGCUGAAUAACGUGCAGCAGUUAAGAAUCCAGCUGGAGAAGAUGUUUGAGUCGAUGGGUGCAAAACAGAGUGCGACGGAAGAAGCGCUGCUAAAUGGAGAGAUGGAAGAGGAAAAUGAGGAGGAAAUGAAGAAGGAGGAGGAACAGGCAGGGGAAGAGGAGUUUGAGGAGAGUGAUGAUGAGGAGGAGGAGGAGGAAGAAGAAGAAGUAGGGGAGAAAAAUGAGGUUGAGCCUGACUCGGAGAAGCCAUGUGAAGACAAGAAGUCUCUCCUCACUAAUGGUCCUACACCACCCUGA